GCGUACAGCUCUCGCAACAUGUCUUCAUUCACUCAGCCGAUGCCGGUAGUUGCCUGCGGCAGAAUACCCGCGAUGGGCAAAUCAAUCUCCCAGCACCUGCUGCCUGAAUAUGAAGUCAUCCACUUCAUCCUGUCAUAUGAGGCUGCAGAGGCUGAGCUCCCGCAUCUGCUUGCAGGUCGCGAUCCUCAGUCUCAGAGCCCUAAUGAGAUCGGAACCCAUGAUUACAGCCGGCCUCCUCGCGCGGUAAUCUUCGGUCGCGGCUAUGAGCCUCAGCAGGUUGAAGAGCUUAAAAAGAAAUUCGCGGGUGUUGCUAAAGAACCUGUUGCUUGGGUGAGGGGGAACCCAGCGGAUUUGCCUGCCGGGGCCGCUGGGCCUGACUAUGCUCAGAAGAUCGCGGCGGAUAUGAAGAAGGUGCUUAAAAAAUGGAGGGACGGGGGAGGAAAAGAUGAGGAGAUUUUGGUGUACUAGUUGCUUUGUCGGGGAGAGAUGAUCUGAUGCCUUGCUUUUUGCCAAUUCGAAUCUCACAAACACAAAUUCAAGGGCCGAUUUCAAGGGUAUUUGUAAGUGGUCUUGGACUUCGCUAGUUGGUUCCCUGGGCUUCGAUCUUUUGGCGGUCGAUGUACUUCUUCUGGCCGAGGCAUAGAAUGAGAAUAGGAGAUUGAGCAUCCAAAUGUUUACACCAAAAUCCAUACAUUAAAGCUGAUGUUUCAUCCGCGACAUGGGAAGUACCAUCAUUGUUCACUUUGUCCUUCACUAGUUCAAGUGAACAAUUCCACUUCCCGGAGUAUCGUAUUUAUUCCUGAACUAUAUCUGUGAAUAGCUGGGGGAAGGAAGGAUGUAAAUUAAUAGAUUUGUGCAGAAUAGUAACGGCAACAUCGAGAC